UUGAAGAGUGAGUAAGAAAUAAAUGAGAAAUUGCGAUUUCAAAUCGAGCUUCUGGUUUGGGAUCGAAAUGAGGGCUAGUAAUAAUUGCAAUAUCACGCGUCGAUUCAGAUGGCAGGCAAAAUAGGAAUGCUGCGGAGCAAAUGUCGCGUUAAAAACCCUGGCAAAGAACGGCAGGCAGAGGAGGAGAAAGAGGAAGAACCAGAGGAAGAAUAACGACGACGGGCUUUCUCUCCUCCUAUUCCCGCCGUUUCCAUCUCCUUGUACGCAAAGAGCAAGAAUUCGAACGCCAUGGGCGCUUAGAGAUCCCUUUUCGGUUUAUUUUGAUCCCUAGAAGUUGCAGAAGAAGAAAAAAAAUCUCGCAUUUCUGCAUCCCCGAUUUCCAGGACGGGAACAAACACGAAUUUUGGGGCAUUUACUUGAAAAAAGUUCAUCUUUUGGUUGAUUUUGCAAUCCAUUUUUUUUCUCUACAAUUGCAGAAGGAGAGCUUCACCAUCUGAUUGCUUCGUCGUCGCCAUAAUUCAGGAAGGGAUUCUAGAAUUUAGGGUUGAAAGUUUCUUCUUGUAUGUGAAAUUAUCAUCGAUCUUCUUUUUCUCUCUUUUUUUUUUUUUAUCUCUGGGAGUUGGAGUAGAAGUAGGCGACAAGAUGAUGGGCGAUGGCGGGGUAAAGCAGACACUGGCGAAGCCAAUCUUAUUGGCGGACCAGGUGACGAAGUGGGCGGACGACGCGCACUCGUUCCGGCAGGAGUGCAUGGAACUGAAGGCGAAGACGGAGCGCUUGGCGGGGCUGCUGCGGCAGGCCGCGCGAUCAGAACUCUACGAGCGGCCUGCUCGCCGCAUCAUGAACGACACCGAACAGGUGCUCGACAAGGCGCUUGCCCUCGUCCUCAAGUGUCGCGCCAAUGGCUUCGUCCGCCGCAUCUUCACCAUCAUCCCCGCCGCGGCCUUCAAGAAGAUGUCCACGCAGCUCGACAACUCCGUCGGCGAUGUCUCCUGGCUCAUCCGCGUCUCUUCCUCUGCCGCUGGCUCUGACGACGACAUCCACCUUGGCCUCCCGCCCAUCGCCCAAAACGAGCCCAUUCUAUUCCUAAUCUGGGAGCAGAUCGCCACUCUCCUCACCGGCACUCUGGAAUCUCGUGCCGACGCCGCUGCCAGCCUCGUCUCCCUCGCCCGCGACAACGACCGCUACGGCAAGCUUAUUAUCGAGGAGGACGGCGUCGGCCCUCUCCUCCGUCUCAUCAAGGAAGGCCAUCUCGAGGGCCAGGAGAGCGCCGCCCACGCCAUCGGCCUCCUCGCCCGCGACCCCGACAGCGUUGAAGCGAUGGUACUCGCAGGCGUCUGUUCCACCUUCGCCAAAGUCCUCAAGGAGGGACCUAUGAAGGUCCAGGCUAUGGUCGCUUGGGCCGUGUCGGAGCUUGCAGUCAGCCACCCCAAAUGCCAGGACGUCUUCGCGCAGAACAACGUGGUCCGCCUCCUCGUUGGUCACCUGGCCUUUGAGACCGUGCAGGAACACAGCAAGUACACCAUCCCCUCCAAGGGCAUGUCCAUCCACUCCGUCGUCAUGGCCAAUAGCACCACUUCUACUGCGGCCGGGAAUGACCCCAUUGCAGCCGUUUCCGACACCUCUGACCAAGCCGUCGUCAAGCACCCUGCCGCCUCUCAAUCGCAGUGCGCCAACAUAAACGAGAUGCAUUCCGUCAUCCAGUCCACCAUGGCAUCCAAAUCCAACAAGACCCCCACCAAUUCCAAUACCCAUAACCCCUCCGCCAGCGGCAACACCAAGCACCACCCUGUCUCCUUGGCCGGCGUCAGCAUCAAGGGGCGCGAGUUCGAGGAGCCCGCCACCAAGGCCUACAUGAAGGCCAUGUCCGCCAAGGCUCUGUGUCAACUCUGCAAGGGCAAUCUAUCCGUCUGCAAAAACAUCACUGAAUCCAGAGCUAUCCUUUGUUUUUCAGUUCUCAUUGAGAAAGGCACAGACGAGGUGCAGUACUACUCCGCGAUGGCCUUGAUGGAGAUUGCGCGUGUUGCCGAGCAGCAUUCCGAGCUACGGCGGUCCGCCUUCAAGCCAAGUUCCCCUGCAGCCCGUGCAGUGGUCGACCAGAUUCUCAGAAUCGUGAAGAAAGCAGACGAUGACCUCCUUGUGCCCUGCAUUGUAGCUUUGGGUUGUCUGUCGAGGACCUUUCGGGCCACUGAGACCAGGAUCAUCGCUCCAUUGGUGAAGUUACUCGACGAAACAGAGGCUGUCGUUGCAAAAGAGGCUGCUAUUGCCUUGACUAAAUUUGCUUGCUCAGACAACUACCUCCACCUGGAUCAUUCCAAGGCGAUCAUCAAUGCAGGAGGCACCAAACACCUAGUGCAGCUGGUUUACUUUGGAGAGCAUUUGGUUCAGAUUUCAGCUUUGAUAUUGUUGUGCUACAUUGCUCUCCAUGUGCCCGAUAGUGAGGCAUUAGCGCAGGCUGAGGUGCUGACAGUGCUUGAGUGGACUUCCAAGCAAGCGUACAUGGUUCAGGAUCCAACAGUUGAUCAUUUGUUACCGGAAGCAAAGGUUAGAUUGGAGCUUUACCAAGCAAGGGGUAAUAACAGAGGAUACCAUUAACCAUUCUUCUCAUAGAUUGACAGACAGGGUAAAGGGCUGUAUGCCCAACUUUGCAACUCUUUCUUUGCUCAAGGUCGAUGAAUGUACAUAAUUUGAGGUUACCUGUAUAUGCAUUUUUAUGCACAGGGGUUUAUCUGUUCCUAAUCUAGUAUUUAGUUGUUGGAAGAUAUCUGUUCCUAUAAUUUUUUAGUGUACCAUAUAGUCUGCAAAUUUUAGAGUCUGAGACAGUGUGUUGGUUUCUUUCAGUUGGAACUUGUAUUAGUUGUGGAUCGUAUUUGGUAACUUGAUGUCUUUAGUCUCUUCAAUCUGCAUGUUCUUCUCUUUUCAUGCUCUUCA